CGCAAACACAGUCCUGGUAUCGACGUACCGUCGCUGCCUGCCGCCGCCGCCGCCGCCGCAGCCGUCGCGCUACAUAUUGUUGUUGUUGUUGUUAUUAUUGUCAUUACCAUCGUCGUCGUUGUUAUUUUUGUCGUGGUCGCCGCCACCGACGCUGUUGUCAUUCGAGUGUCGUGCGUCUGAUUUUUUCGUAUAACAAGUUUAUUUUGUUUCUCAUCCGACCAUCGCAGUGUUGUGCGUACUACAUCUCCGGCCGCAUUCUACCCUCGCGCGACCGUUCAGUGGCCCGCGUCUCCGUGGAGUUCGCUUGUGUGUUCGUUUGUGUGUGUGUGUGUUUGUUUGUGUGUACGUACAUGUGUUCACGUGCGUCCGCGAUCUAGUGCUCGUCAUUUCGUCCCCGGGGGACACUGGAAGAAUAUAACAACAAAAGUUCCCGUCCGGUUUCGAUUUGGUCCGCGAAAUAUUGAUUCACGUCAUAAUAAUAAUUAUAUUGCCUGUAAUAGAUAUAUACAAAUUUCAGUACCCGCGCUAUAUCACAGUUUGAUUAAUAUACCUGAAUAUUAUAACCAAAUUAAUUAAUAAUACCUACCACAGGUCAGAUAAAAAUAUAUCUUCGACGAGUGUGACCGCCGCCUGUACCGCUGCAAUAUACCUGCCUACGCAAAUCCAGGACGAUUAAAGUUCUCGAUAAAAUCUAUCGUCACGAUAAAUUUGUUCUACAUAUAUUUAUAUAUAUAUAUAUAUAUAGGUAGAGACGCGUAUAUUCUAUAGAGGGAGGCAUAAUAUUAUAAAAUUACAUUUGACCGAUCGUCGUGUAGUGUGCGUGGGCGUAGGUUCGCGUGUGUUGAUUGCAAACUUACCACGGUCGUUUGUUGAUCGUCCAGCCAUCGAAUAUGAGCAUCGCUGCUUUAUUACAAGCCGCCGAGUACCUGGAAAGGCGCGAAAGAGGUAAGUUUACCGCGUCGCCACCGUACCCCCCGCCACCGUUUGCCGACACCGCAGUCGCGACCGACGGAGCCGUUGCCGCCACCGCCGCCGCCGUCACCGACCGCGUAAACACCGUCGUAUUUUUUGCAGAAGCGGAACACGGAUAUGCUUCGCCGAUGCCGAUCACGAUCGAUCUCAAAGGGUCUUCGAAGAGGCCAAAGACGAAGAAGUCGCAGGGAAGUCGAACAACUCAUAAUGAACUGGAGAAAAACAGGAGAGCUCAUCUCAGGAACUGUUUGGAAAAACUGAAAGAAAUGGUUCCGCUGGGUCACGAAUCGUCCCGGCAUACAACUUUGGGCUUGCUGACUAAAGCCAAGCGGUUCAUAAAGAAUUUGGAAUCGCAGGAGAAAAAACACAUGAUGCACAAGGACACCCUGAGCCGAGAGCAUAGAUAUCUGCGGCGGAGACUAGACCAGUUGACCACCACAUUAAAUGUGAACAAACGCCGAUCUGUUUCCGAAUCCAGUAGCUAUACGACCGCAUCUGGUGCAUCGACAUCGUCGUCCGCAUGCAGCACGUCUUCGUCGCCAUCUAUAUCUGAAUCCGACGAAGUGGACGUGACCGGAUGGGUGAGCGACACGGGCAGCGUACAAUCUGGGUCCAGCGACAGCGGCGUUGCACUCUCUACUUGCCGCAUCACAUUAUCCGAAAUGGUCUUUUAGACAAAUAAAUAUGAUGACCAAGACACGAGGAAGACGACGACGAAUACGACGGCGAGGAUGAAGAAAAAAAAAUAAUAUAUUAAUGAAAAAAAAACUAUAAUUAAAAAAAAAAAUGUAUGAAAUAAUAUUUUAAUUUAUAAAACAUAUUUAUAUGUAUAUACACGUUAAAAUUGUAUACAUGAUAUACGUAUAUAUAUAUAUGUGUGUGUGUGUGUGUGCGUUUGUGUAUGUGUGUAUAUAUAUAUAUAUAUUAAUACAUAUUAUUUGUGAAACGUGUGGUGUAUCAACACCUCGAGAAAAGGCGCUUUUGACCGGAGGUUACUUAACCACCAACGGACGCGAUACGAUUACACGCUGACCGAUUGGACGACUACUAUAAUACAACAAUUACAUUUUUUUUAUUAUUAUUAUUUUAUUCAAUCAUUAUCUCUCUUUCCCAAUCAUUAUUAAUUCCUUCGUGCGUGUAACUCACGCGAGCCGCCGAUUUCCGCGAAAAAAAUUUAAAUAAAAAUAUUAUUUACUACUCAGCUCUAGUCACCAAAUAAUAUUAUAUUAUACAAUUUUUUUUUUUUUAAUUAUUAUUAUUAUUAUUAUUUUAUUAUUAUUAUUAUUUAUACAUUGGUGAUUGGCCAGAACUCUCGUGGGAUAGGUGCAGAUGAUGGAAAUGAAUGAUAAUACAAAUUAUAAACGUAAACAAUAUAAUAUUAUUAUAUAUUAUAUGAAUUUACAUAUAUAUAUAUAUAUAUAUACGUAUAACAACACACAUAUACAACAACUUUUAACCCUUACGCAAUUUUAUCAGUAUCUCAUUAUUCGUAAUUAUUGUAUUAUUUCUUUCUUACUAUUAGUAUAAUAUAAAAUAUUAUAUUUACAAUAUAGACGUACAAUUUUUUUUCUGUUAUUACAAUAAUGAUUUGCGGUAUAAUAUUAAUGUUUUAUUAUUAUGUAUAAUUAUUAAAUUAUUUUAAUAUUUACGUAGAAUAUUGUUUGUAAACGGUCGACGGCCAUACGCACCGUCUAAAUAUAUAUAUAUAUAUAUAUAAUAUAUACUCACGUAUAAUUAUAUUUCUCAUCGAACCAAAAAAUAAACAGUCUCUCAAUUU